GCUCCGCUUUGAAGCGCUCGGCGGCGUCCGCCAGACCCGGGCGAUCCGUGAAAGGCGAGACACGAAUUUCGAAGCCUGGCAGCCACCUGCGCUCCGAAGGCACCAUCAAGCGGUUACAGCUCUACAACUCCAAGCCGGAUCUCAAAAGAAGGAAAGAGCAGGCGCUUUUGCCUGUGCGCAUCCAGCCGGACCGGCGCUGGUUCGGCAACACGCGCGUCAUCGCCCAAGACAAGAUGCAGCACUUCCGGGAGACGAUUGCGAAGGGUGUGGAAGAUCCGUAUUCCGUGGUCCUCAAGAGUUCCAAGCUCCCCAUGUCCCUCCUCCGGGAGACCCAGGAGAAGGCCUCGCGCAUGGACCUUCUUUCCGUUUCCCCCUUCCAGGAGGUCUUCAGCAGGAAGCACCAGCAGAAGCGUGCGAAAAUCGGAGCCACAGACCUGGAAGGGCUUCUGGAGGCUGCCGAGAAACGGGCGGAAGGCUACAACAAAGAAGGCAGCAACCGCGACCACCGCGCCCUCGUCGAUGCUGAUGGACACCAGAAGGAGGAGGAAGAGGCUGGUGGCCACUUUGGCGAGGAAAUUUUCAACAAGGGCACCUCGAGAAGAAUCUGGGCCGAGCUCUACAAGGUCGUCGAUGCUGCCGACGUCCUUUGCUUCGUCCUCGAUGCCCGGGAUCCCAUGGGCACGCGCUGCAAGCAACUGGAGAGAGAGCUUCGGAGGAGCCGACAGCACAAGCACAUUGUCCUCCUCAUCAACAAAGUGGAUCUCGUGCCCACGUGGGUGACGCGCCGAUGGGUACAGCAACUCACGAGAGAUUUUCCCACAUUGGCUUUCCAUGCGUCCAUCACGAAUCCCUUUGGCAAGAAUGCCCUUCUGAAUCUGCUGCGACAGUUCGGCAACCUCUUGAAGGAGAAGAAACAUGUGACCGUCGGAAUGAUUGGCUACCCGAAUGUAGGCAAAUCUUCCGUCAUCAACACCCUCAAGAGGAAGAAGGUGUGCAAGUCCGCCCCAGUGCCCGGCGAAACCCGGGUGUGGCAGUACAUCGCCCUCACGAAGCGAAUCUAUCUGCUGGACUGUCCGGGCAUCGUCCCACCCACUGCGAGCGACUUCGCCCAGGACUGCGCCAAGGUCUUGAAGGGUGUCGUGCGAGCAGAGCGUCUCAAGACACCUUCGGACUACAUCCACGAGGUGCUGGAGCGCGUGAAGAAGCCCUACUUGCUUCAGCGAUACCGCCUACCAGCGGAGACCACCUGGCGUGACAGCGAGGAGUUCCUGAGCAUCUUGGGGAAGAAGAUGGGGAAGCUCGUGAAGGGCGGCGAAGCAGACAUUGACACGGCGGCUCGCAUCGUUUUGUACGACUGGCAGCGCGGCCGAAUCCCCUACUUCACAGCACCCCCCAACGAGAACGAGAACGAGGAAGCAGAGGCCGACACCGAGGCCUCAGCUGCAGCUGCAGCUGCAGGAGAGCCGAAGGAGUCCCUGCAGUCCCUGGCGGCUUUGAAAGAAAUCCCAAAGGCGCACGCUUUCGAUGAGGAGGACCGUGGAGGGGAGCCUGCAGAGCCGUCGGCAACUACUGAGGCCUGGCCGUGUUGUCGCCCUGAACGGAGCUGGUAG